AUGCUAACUGAGGCCACGCUCACCAUCGGCCCGUCCUUCAGCAUUGAGGCGGAGGGCCGUGGCCGGAUCUGCAGCUGCCCCGUCUGGCUCGCGCUCUGGCUGGUGGUGCUCACGGCGCCCUUUUACCGCUGGUUCACCAAGGCGCAGCCGGCGCUCUCCGCGCCCGCCUUCGCCGUCGGCGUCGGCCUCUAUGUCGCCGCCUCGCUGAUGCUCGUGCUCGCCACCAACAUCGAGCCGGGCACCGUGCCGCGCAACGCCUUGUGGACGCCGCCCUCCGAGGACCUCAUUGGGCAGCCGCUCACGCGCAGCCGGUCGCAGAACGUGCGCAGGAUGAGCGGCGGCGUGAGCGUGCUGCGCGGCGUCGAGAUGCGGCACAAGUUCUGCACCACCUGCGGCGUCGAGCGGCCCAUCCGCGCCGUACACUGCCGCAUCACAGACCGCUGCGUCGAGAAGUGGACCGCUACUGCUGGUGCAUGGGCAUGA